AGAGAGAGAGAGAGAGCAAGCCGACACAGAUCGCACAAGACUGCUCUGCCCGCACACGCCCCGUCUCGACCACCCCGUCUUUCUCUGCCACCAUCGCCCGACGGCCUCCUCGCCGCCCACAACCCCCUCCCCUCGGCAUCUCCGCCAUCGGAACAUCAUCAAGAGCCGGUAUCCAGAAGACAGGAGCUGUUUAUGUAUCAGCACGACAAAAUCACCGUCUUCAGACACUCCCCGCCCAAGCUGCAAUCAUUUCGCAUACCGCGGAUACCUUGUAGUCCUUCUCUCUUCUCCGACGGUUGAACCGGACAGCGCCCUGCGUUCAUGCCUUUGAUCCCGCACAGCCGACACCUGUCCCCUAUGUUGACGCAACGUCCGCUUCACUACUGACCCCUCGGCCCCUCUCGCCCGACUCCUGACCCCUUCCGCGCCAGGAAGUUCAUGUCUCGCCAAGCCAGCUGAUUUGCUCGCCAUCAAAUCCUCCUGUCAGAUCUCCUUGUCUCGCUUCCAUCGCCGCCGCUCGACACAAAGAAGCCUCGCUCCCUUCUCCAAUCUGCCUCGCACAGAGCCCUUGUUGUCCACCCACCAACCGCAACCAUGGCUGCCCACAUCAACGUCCGCCGCGAUGUCACCGACGUCUUCUAUCGCUACAAGAUGGAGCGUCUCCAGACCAAGAUCGAGGGCAAGGGCAACGGCAUCAAGACCGUUGUCGUCAACCUGAGCAACGUUGCUCAGCAGCUCGCCCGUCCUGGAAGCUACCUCAUCAAGUACUUCGGCUUCGAGCUCGGUGCCCAGACCAACCUCGACCCUGCCGACGACCGCUGGAUCAUCAACGGCGCCCACGACGCCAACAAGCUCCAGGACUACCUCGACGGUUUCAUCAACAAAUUUGUGCUCUGCAAGAAGUGCAAGAACCCCGAGACCGAGGUCAACAUCAAGGAUGGCCACAUCAUCCUGGACUGCAAGGCCUGUGGCGUCCGCUCCGACGUCGACAUACGCCUGAAGCUCAGCGGCUUCAUCCUCAAGCAGACGCCCAAGAAGACCAAAAAGGACAAGGCCGAGCGCAAGGCAGCCCGCAAGGCCAAGCAGAACGGGAACGCCAAGGACGGAGAUAACAGCGCCGAGGAGAACUCUCCCGACGGCUCCGGCAAGGAGAACGGCGACAAGAACGGCGACAAGGCCGCCGACAUCAGUGACGACGAUGACGCCCUGACCCGUAAGAUCAAGGCCGAGGCGCAGACUCUUCCUGCCAAGGAGGCCGACAAAGAAGAGGAGGACGAGUGGGCUGUCGACAUGAGCGCCGAGGCCGUCAAGGCUCGCCAGCAGUCGCUUCCCGACGAGUUCAAGCAGAAGCUAACCAUAGGCGGCGACGAGGACGAUGAGGACGGCGAGGGCGGUGGAAACACCGUCUACGACCAGCUGGGCAUCUGGAUCCAGGAAUCUGCCGACGAGAAGGGUGGCGUGGACAAGGUCGACGAUCUCGACAUCUACCUGAAGGCCAAGGAGCUUGGAAUCGAGACCAAGCACCGCACUGUUCUUGUCCUUGUCCAGACCGUCUUCAACGAGAACAUCUGCGCGCAGAUCACCAAGCGUGCCGGCAUGCUCAAGCAGAUCGUCAGCUCCGAGCGCCAUGAGAAGGCCCUCCUGGGCGGUACCGAGAGGCUUAUUGGGCAUCUCAGCAAAGACCACGCGGAGAUGCUGGACAAGGUCGUCAAGAUCCUUCAGCUGUACUACCACCACGACCUCGUGUCCGAGGAGGUUGUGACCAAGUGGGGCACCCGCGCCAGCAAGAAGUAUGUCGACCUGGCUACGUCCAAGAAGGUCCGCAAGGCUGCCGAGCCCUUCCUUACUUGGCUCGCCGAGGCCGAUGAGGAGGACUCGGACGAUGAGUAGGAAUAAAAGGCUCACAAGACCUCUUGUUUGAUUGCGAGACUCGGUCUGCAGCCCUUCUUCUUUGGUGGCUUUUUUUUCUUUCACCCCGAUCGGUCGGUUAGUCUUUGAUUGCUGCUUUCGGGUUGACAUACCACGUGUUUGUCUUCUUCCACGCUCGCUAUUCUUCUCGCUACCAUGUACACCACUCAGUUUCAAUCAAUGUCCGUCGUGCUUGCUUUUGAAAUUUCGUCUUUUUGAAAGGCGAAGCGUUUGUAAGAAUCGAAAGAGCGAGGAGAAAAGCCAGGAGUGAGCGAGAAACAUACGGUCUAAACAAAACUGGCCAUUGUGCUGUGCGUCUAUUGCUUGUGUAGCGUCAGGUAGACCCCCUUCCUGAAUUGUCAAAACUCGCUUCUCUCCA